AUGGCCAGAAGGAUUCUUGACCAGGAGGAGAAUGGGGGAUGUGAAAUGGGGGUGAAAAUAACAGAGAACUCUGGAAACAGAGAGCUGCAGCUGAUGAAAGCAAUGGCUUCAGGGAAAGUUAAGAACUGUUACGUAGCAGUUCUUCGGUUUGGAGUCCAAGAUUUCAUACUUGGUACUGAGAAGAUGAGAAAUACGGUAUCAGUGACCAUCUGUGAAAAGUCAGAUGAGAUUCCCUAUGUCAUUUGGGUUCUUCGUCCUCGUGAGUUCUGGCGCCUUGACUACUGGGAAGAUGACUUGCGGCGCCGGCGACGAUUUGUGCGUAACCCCCUUGGAUCGACACAUCCUGAAGCGACACUGAAAGCAGCCGGAGAACAUGCUCCUGAUGAGGAUAUACUUGUCAAAGGAAAGCAGUCCAUCAAGAGUCAAGUUUUGGGAAAUCAGAACUCAGAAAGUGAGAUUCUCUUGGAAGGCGAUGACGAUAUCAUGUCAUUCAUGGAGGAAAGAGAAGUGGAGAACUUAACGGGUCCAGUUGCCCUAAGCACACCAGCUCAGCUCGUGGCACCCUCAGUGGUAGUGAAAGGCACUCUUUCCAUCACUCUUUGUGAGCUCUACUUUGAGGUGGAUGAAGAAGAUCCCAGUUUUAAGAAAAUCGACCCGAAGAUUCUGGCAUAUACAGAAGGACUCCAUGGAAAAUGGCUCUUUUCAGAGAUUCGAUCUAUCUUUUCCCGACGUUACCUUUUGCAAAACACAGCACUGGAGAUAUUCAUGGCAAACAGAGUGGGUGUCAUGUUCAACUUUCCUGACCAAGCAACAGUAAAGAAAGUGGUUAACUGUCUACCUCGUGUCGGUAUUGGCACUAUCUUUGGACUACCCCAGACAAGACGCAUUUCUUUGGCUAGUCCACGACAGAUUUUCAGAGCUUCCAAUAUGACCCAGCGAUGGCAACACCGAGAAAUUUCCAACUUUGAAUACCUGAUGUUUCUAAACACUAUAGCAGGGCGAACUUACAAUGAUUUAAAUCAGUACCCUGUCUUCCCCUGGGUUAUCACCAACUAUGAAUCAGAGGAGUUGGACCUUACACUUCCUAGCAACUUCAGGGAUUUGUCAAAGCCUAUUGGAGCUUUGAACCCAAAGAGAGCAGCGUACUUUGCUGAGAGAUAUGAAUCAUGGGAAGAUGAUCAGGUUCCAAAAUUUCACUAUGGCACACAUUAUUCAACUGCAAGUUUUGCACUCACAUGGUUAUUAAGAAUUGAACCCUUUACAACACUUUUCCUAAAUCUACAAGGUGGGAAGUUUGAUCAUGCGGACAGAACUUUUUCAUCUAUUUCAAGAGCAUGGCGCAAUAGUCAGCGUGACACUUCUGAUAUCAAGGAAUUGAUUCCUGAAUUCUAUUACCUCCCAGAGAUAUUUGUCAACAGCAACAAUUACAAUCUGGGAGUGAUGGAUGAUGGAACGGUUGUGUCUGAUGUUGAACUUCCACCAUGGGCCAAAACCCCAGAAGAAUUUGUUCGCAUAAAUAGGCUGGCAUUAGAAAGCGAGUUUGUUUCCUGCCAGCUUCACCAGUGGAUUGAUCUGAUUUUUGGCUACAAACAGCAAGGGCCAGAGGCUGUUCGGUCCCUGAAUGUAUUCUACUAUUUGACUUACGAAGGAGCUGUUAAUUUAAGUUCAAUAACGGAUCCCAUAUUGAGAGAGGCUGUUGAAGCUCAAAUACGAAGUUUUGGACAGACCCCUUCCCAACUGCUCAUAGAACCACAUCCUCCAAGAAGUUCUGCCAUGCAGGUGAGUCCGUUGAUGUUCACAGACCAAGCUCAACAGGACGUUAUCAUGGUUCUAAAGUUCCCAUCCAACUCCCCUGUCACUCAUGUAGCAGCCAACACCCAGCCUGGUCUGGCCACUCCUGCUGUGAUCACAGUUACUGCAAAUAGGCUAUUUGCUGUAAACAAGUGGCAUAAUCUUCCUGCUCAUCAAGGUGCUGUACAAGACCAGCCUUACCAGCUGCCAGUGGAAAUCGAUCCUCUCAUAGCCAGCAACACAGGUAUGCACAGAAGGCAAAUCACUGACCUCUUAGACCAAAGCAUUCAGGUACAUUCCCAGUGUUUUGUCAUCACCUCUGAUAAUCGAUACAUCUUGGUCUGUGGCUUCUGGGAUAAGAGUUUCCGAGUUUAUUCUACCGACUCAGGUAAACUGAUACAAGUAAUAUUUGGACACUGGGACGUUGUAACCUGUCUUGCUCGGUCUGAGUCCUAUAUUGGAGGAAAUUGUUACAUUCUCUCAGGAUCGCGUGAUGCAACGUUGCUGCUCUGGUACUGGAAUGGCAAAACCAGUAUCAUUGGUGAUAACCCAAGAGGUGAUUUUGCAACUCCGCGAGCUAUUUUGACAGGACAUGACUAUGAGAUCACCUGUGCUACCAUUUGUGCUGAACUUGGCCUGGUAAUAAGUGGUUCAAAAGAAGGACCAUGUCUCAUACAUUCUAUGAAUGGAGAUCUACUGAGGACAUUAGAAGGUCCUGAAAACUGUCUGAGACCAAAACUUAUUCAAGCUUCAAGAGAAGGCCACUGUGUCAUAUAUUAUGAAAAUGGCCUCUUCUGUGUAUUCAGUGUGAAUGGGAGACUUCAAGCCACUAUGGAAACAGAUGACAAGAUAAAGGCAAUUCAACUGAGUCGCGAUGGACAGUAUCUGCUUACAGGUGGAGACAAUGGAGUUGUCAUGGUGUGGCAGAUGUGGGACCUCAAGCAGCUUUUUGCUUACCCAGGGUGUGAUGCUGGAAUCCGAUCCAUGGCCCUGUCGUAUGACCAAAGGUGUAUAAUGACUGGCAUGGCAUCUGGGAGCAUAGUGGUUUUCUACAACGACUUCAAUCGCUGGCACCACGAGUAUCAAACCAGAUACUGAUCUUCCCUGAGACGGAGAUGAGCACUGAUGUGGGCAGCUGUUGUCAGAAGGAAAUGGAACGCAGCACGCCGCCCUCGGUGUCUGGCCCCAGCAUUGCUCCUUAUAAAUAGCUGUAUUACAUCUGAAUGUAACUUAAAUCUGCUGGAAGAAGCAACCUAUUUUUUAAAGUUAAUUGCUAUUUUUGUAGACCUUGCUUGACUUUUUUGG